AAUCACGUAAUUUAAACACAGGUCAGUUACCGACAUGCAACCGUCCAGCAAUCGAAAAUUAGUUCCGAAACCCUAUUUCGUGUUGGAGAGCGCUCUCAAAUGAGCAACACGAAAAACGCGAGCGUGUGCGCUCUCCGCUGAAUUUCACCCAGCGCAUGAUAUUUGCAACCUAACCUAAUAUAACCUAACCUAACCUAACCUAAAAAUAAGAACUGAGGUUGUCGAUUACCGUAUACUGUGAAGUAUGUAUAUGGAUAUCACCGUGGUUAUCGAUAGAUAUCAACGGGUAAUAAGUAGAAACUAAGUAGAGGAGAUAAUAUCUUACAUGAGGAAUUAAAUAAUAUUCACGUAAAGUACGGAAGAGAAUUGCUAUUAUGACAGUAUAUGAUAACGAAAAAUCACUCGCUGAGGACACAGAAGAUCCCGUUGAUCGUAUGCUUAAAAAAACCGGUUGCAUUGAGUUGCACUACAAAGUUCAGGACUGCAUAGCAGAGACACAAGAUUGGAGAAAAUGCCAGGAGCCUGUAAAACAAUUUAAAAAUUGUAUGUCUAAUUACGAAAAGAAGAGGCGUGAGAAAAACGUUGCGUAACAAAUAGCUAUAGACUAAAAGCGCAGUU